GCGCCAACAUUGGCAUUAACAGGAAAUUUGGUUAUCACCAUUACCUUGAAAAAUAAACUGAGAUUGGUUAUAUUCCACUUCAAAACCUCUAUUUGUAUCAUACUUCAAUUUAAGUUUCUAUUUCUUUAUUAUAUUACGAACUUUAUGUCGUCAGAAGAGGAAAACGGUAAUUUAUAUAUUUUUGAAAAUUAUGGACAUUAUUGUUCGCAUGAGUCAGUUUUUCGGAAGACACAGUAAUUUGAUUGAUGCAAGCCGUAAACACCAUAACAAAGGAAAAAAAUCAUUAAAAAAAAAAGCUCCUAAUUUCUUCAAUAGAGGUUUCUCUGUGACAAGAAGCUUUUUUAGAAAAUGUUUAACAGUGAAGAAUUUAAAAAGUUUUCAAAAGAAAUGAUCGAUUACGUAGCAGACUAUUAUGACAAUAUUGAACAAAGAAGCGUUCUUCCAAAAGUUCAACCAGGUUACCUUCGUAGUCUUUUGCCGCCAAAAGCUCCAGUUGAACCAGAACAUUGGAAAAACAUAAUGCAAGACAUAGAAAAAGUUAUUAUACCCGGUGUUACAAAUUGGAGGCAUCCUCAUUUCCAUGCUUAUUUUGGCGUUGGUAUAGGUUAUCCAUCAAUAGUAGCUGAAAUUUUAGCGAAUGCGCUUUCAGGACCAGGAUUUUCAUGGAUAUCUAUGCCAGUCAGCACAGAGUUGGAAACGGUAAUGAUGGAUUGGAUUGCUGAUCUUGUAGGACUUCCAGAGCAUUUCAAGUUCUCAUCAAAUGGAACUGGAGGGGGUAUUAUAGAUGGAUUUGCGAGUGAUGUAACGCACUAUACGUUGUUACUUGCUCGUGAGAGAGUAAUUAGAAACUAUUUAAACGACGAUAAAACUUUUUCGAAACUUAUUAUGUAUACUUCUAGUCAAGCUCAUUCUUCGGUAACUAAAGCUGGAUUGUUAGCGGGAAUAAAAGUUCAUUACGUAGACACUGACGAAAUGUUUACGCUCAGAGGUGUUAAUUUGGAAAAAGCCAUUAAAGAAGACAGAGACAAAGGAUUUAUUCCAUUUUAUCUUUGCGCAACUUUAGGAACUACGACGUCAUGCGCAUUCGAUAAUAUUCAGGAGUUAGGUGUGAUAUGCAAUAAAGAAAAAAUAUGGUUGCAUGUUGACGCAGCUUACGCGGGAAGUUCAUUUGCGUGCGAAGAGAAUCGUCACUUUAUGGCUGGCAUUGAGUUAGCAGACUCGUUUAACUUCAAUUUACAUAAGUGGAUGCUUGUAACAGUUGAUUGUUCUGCAUUGUAUGUUAAAGAUAAAACUGAAAUUAAUAAUUCUUUCAGUGUUGAUCCUGUUUAUUUAAAAUGUCCUAUUGGAGGAGAACUACCCUUAUAUCGAAAUUGGCAGAUUGCAUUAGAACGCCGUUUUCGCUCAUUGAAAGUUUGGUUUACACUACGUUUAUAUGGCCAGAAGGGCAUUCAAAAUCAUAUUAGAAAGCACAUUCAACUAGCACGGGAGUUUGAAGCACUGAUAAAAUCUGAUGAUAUGUUUGAAAUUUGCUAUCCUGUUACUAUGGGUUUAGUAUGCUUUCGCUUAAAAGGAAGCAACGAGUUAAACCAAAAGUUAAACGAGCUAAUAAAUGCCGAAGCUCAAAUACAUAUUACCCCAUCAAAACUUGGAGAAAAGUUCAUUUUGCGGCUUUCGAUCUUAUACGAGCAUGCAACAACAGAGCACAUAGAAUUUGCAUUUAACAACAUUAAAAAACAUGCUCAGUCGUUAUUAAAAUCAUAAUUGCAUAGCAAAUUUUCACGAAGCAAUCUACAACAUUUUGUAUUUAAAAAUAACUAAUAAAUAAUAACAAAAAAUGAUAAAUAAUAACUGAAUUUAAUUAUUUUAAACUACAAAAAGUAAAACUACUAACAAAAAAAUGUAAACUAAAAAAAUGCCUAAAAUUUUUAAGCAUUGUGCAAACUCAAUCAAAAAGCCACAGAAAAAACGUAUAUUUUCGUUGAGAAAAGGUUUUUGUGGGAAAAAGUAUUUUUAUUGAAAACGCAAGAUUGAGUUUGUUGUUACCAGACUUUGGUUACCUUUAUUUUUUUUUCAUCCUCAUUUAAAAACAGUACAAAAACUUUAAAUUUGUAUCACGCCUAACAUUUUAAACAA